UCUCCUCUAUAAUUCACAGCUACAAUUGUCUGAUACGAAAAUUAUACGAAACUAACUUUUUUCUGAUCUGAAGUGGUUAGUUGAAAUUAUCGUUUGAUAUGACAGUUAUGACAACAAUCUUUUGAUCAUAAAAAUUAUUUGAUCCAUCACUGACAGUCAUUUAUCGAGUUUGUAAGCUGAAGUGCCUUGAUGUUCAUUUAAAAGCUUAUUGUGUCUGACCAAAAAAAUUAUUAAAAAAAAACAAACAAAAAAGAAAACAAACAACCACGGGGAGGAGACAGACACGAAUAAAGUGUCGUUUCCACUCUGUCUUCAAACGUUUGUAGAAGUAUAAAAGUCUGUUACUCGUUAAAACGGGUAAAACAGUUGUUACCUUGUUGUCAUCGCGACUUUUACCGACAGGCGAGGGGAGGAAAGCUCUAUCCUAGUCUACAAGUCUAGCGAACAGACCGACCAACAGAGCGCGUGACGGUCGUUACAAACACUUUGACGGUGAGUACGGACUUAUCGUCGUCAGCCUCACACACAGCCUGCAGCCAGCCAGUCAGCCGGCCGACCGACCAUUGCCAGGCCGCCACAGAGGCUGUGCUAUCAAGUCGCUUUGCGGGGACCACUCGCAGCGUGGAGGGGCGAGCAGGGCACGAGCGUUAUCCUCCAUCAAUUACCGCCCAUAUGAAAAUAGCAUCACUCCACCAAAUUAACAUUGACCCAGGUCAGCCUGUGAUUGGCCCUCAGCCGACGCCGCGCGCCUCUCGCGGCCGCAAAGGGGCGGUAACUUGCGUCUGGACAGCGCAGCGCGGCCGCUGAUUGGCUGGCAGGGCCCCCUCGUGCCGGCUGCUUGCCGCCUCUCCCGGGAGGAGGCCGGUCCUGGGGGAGGGGCCGGCGGACGGCGAGUGAGGAAAGCAACAAAAGGAGUACCCGAGAGAGUUUGGUCCUAGAAUUGCGCCCACCACUCGGGGACAACCACCGCUGCCAGACCCGGCGCUCGAUGCCACGAGAUUCUGGAGAUAGAGUACCAGUGGGCCCGGCUACCGGCCUGACAGUCGCUGGGCGAAGGACACUCGGCUAACGGGCGCUGGGAGUGCAAGAGGCCCCAGCGGCAACGGGGGACACCCACAGCAACAGCAGCUGCAACCAUCCGUCGUCGCUGGCCGUGGCGUACAUGGGAGACUUACGGAGGCGAGGCUCGCGGAGGGACGGGAUGCUGGGCGCUGUGUGAGACUCCACUUACCCCACACUCGUAGUCUAGAGAGACAUCCCCCGGUCCCUGUCGGGUGGCCGCUUACAAACCACCGGGUGCCUGCCUCCUUGUCCUCCCAUCCUACCCCCCUCCAGCCUCCACUGCAUGAUGCUCGUCGUUUCUUUCUCCAAGAGGUUGCUGCAGACGUUGUCCAAAAAUUAUUGUUGAUUCCGGCUUCUUACAUUUUUUUUUUUCUCAUCUUUGUUUUUGUUCGAUUUUGGCGACGACGAUUUUUGUGAUCGCCGAGAAGAAUCCUGAACUGUGAGAUGAUCAGCAUCGCUACUGACAAGACUAGUCUGGUUUCCUAGCAACGUUGGAAGCAUUGUGUGUGCGUGUGUGUGUGUGUGGACACUACAGUGCUGUCGGUCUGCUGGGAUCUGAGUGCACGUGUCAGUCAGGUGGACACAUGGGACACGCUCUGACAACCUUCGUCCCGCCUGGUGUCUGUGCGACACGCUGCACCUAGCACCACACACACCCGGGGUGGCCCACGUGUGACACCUUUGGCGGAUGCUGCUAACACCACCAGCAUCCACAUCCUACCUGUCUGUGUCUUGACCUCCGUGCCAGGUAGGUCGAGCCGUGUACACUCGCUACAAGGAACGAAGGAGUAAAGUAGGAAAAAAAAAGUAGAGAGAAAAUUAAGUGGAGAAAUAAAGUGGUGCACCUGAGGUGGCGCGGGAGACAGGAGUGUUGCAUGUUCGGCCUGGGAGAACCCGAGCACCCGGCUGCUGCCAGCAGAGCCCCCCUGUCCCCCAUGAAAGAGGAAGGACUGAGCUCGCAGCUGUCCGCCAUCAGGAACUGGAUGCAGCCCACAGUCAUAGACCAGGGCGGCGGCAGUGGAGGGCUAAGCCGCGCCCACUUCGAGAAGCAGCCUCCCAGCAACUUGAGAAAAUCCAACUUCUUCCAUUUCGUCCUCGCCCUCUUUGACCGCCAGGGCCAGCCUGUGGAGGUGGAGAGAACCACCUUUGUGGACUUCGUGGAGAAAGAGCAUGUAGGUGAGACGGAUGGGCAGAAGACAAACAAUGGGAUACAUUACCGUCUGCAGCUGCUGUACGCCAAUGGUGUACGACAAGACCAGGAUCUCUAUAUUCGCCUUAUUGACUCCGUCAGUAAACAGGCUAUCGUGUACGAGGGUCAAGAUAAAAAUCCGGAGAUGUGUCGCGUCCUUCUCACCCACGAAGUUAUGUGCAGUCGUUGCUGCGACAAGAAAAGCUGCGGCAACAGGAACGAGACACCGUCGGACCCGGUGAUCAUCGACAGAUUCUUUCUGAAGUUCUUCAUGAAGUGCAACCAGAACUGUUUAAAGAACGCAGGAAAUCCUCGGGACAUGCGCCGAUUUCAGGUGGCGAUCUCCAUGUCCCCGUCUAUCGAUGGCCCCCUGCUGGCGGUGUCGGACAACAUGUUUGUCCACAACAACUCCAAACAUGGCCGCAGGGCUCGGCGACUGGACCCUACUGAAGGAGAUGCACUCGAGCACUUUGGCCCGCUAGACGCAGCUGAUGCCAUAGAGAGCAGGCCAUUGAGGAAAUCUAGUUCCGGUCUUGUUUCCAAGACUUUCGGUCAGACAGCUACCCCCAUCAUCAAGGCUAUCUGCCCCAGCGAAGGGUGGACGACAGGGGGCACAACCGUCAUCAUCAUCGGCGAUAACUUCUUCGAUGGUCUGCAAGUUGUCUUCGGGACCAUGCUUGUGUGGAGUGAGCUCAUUACUUCACACGCCAUACGGGUACAGACGCCACCCCGUCACAUCCCUGGGGUUGUGGAGGUCACGUUGUCUUACAAAUCCAAACAAUUCUGUAAAGGUGCACCUGGACGCUUUGUUUACACAGCGCUGACAGAGCCGACCAUUGACUACGGCUUCCAGCGUUUGAUGAAGCUGGUACCCAGACACCCUGGAGACCCGGAGAGGUUGCCAAAGGAAAUCAUCCUGAAGAGAGCGGCGGACCUGGCAGAGGCCCUGUACAGCAUGCCUCGCAACCCCAACCAGCUUCCCCUCCCGGCUCCCCGCUCCCCCGCCAUGAAUAACACCUCCAUGGGGGGGUUCAACGCCUACCCGUCUCAGCUCGCCGUCAGUGUGGCCGACUCCGUCAACGGUCAGUGGGAAGAAGGCUACAGUCGAAGCCAGAGCUCCAGUGUGUCCCCCCGGGGCUACGGGUCCAACGGCUCCACACCCCACAGCGUCAACGGGGGAGCGUACGGCAGCAACCCCGCCAUGAACGGCUACCACAGCGGGGCAGGACACUUAGGCAACAUGGGUUUGGACCACUUCCUGCGCGAUGAAGCGAGUCGGUUAGGAGCAGUUCCUUCUUGCAACUCCCCACCUCUGCCUCACCCGGCCCCACCCCAUGGGUCCACCCCAGGUUUUGCGGGGGCGUGUGGGCCAGGGCUGUUCUCGCUGUCAGCCAAGCAGAAAAGUGCCUUUGCCCCCGUGUACCGGCCGCCUCUCAGCCCGACACCCGCCUACCAGGGGGCCUGGGCCAGCCACCCCCUGUUUCACCAGGAAUGAGCAGUAUAGUUACCUCCCCUUUCUCCAGUGUUAACCCAUUCGGCCUGCCCACCUGCGGGACACAGGGCUACAGCACCUCCAUCGUGUCUCCGGCCAAAUGACCUGUGGUUCUGGGAUGACAGACUACACCAACGCCGUGACUCCAGCCAGUCCUGACGUCAGCUGGUGGGAGCACCACCACCACCACCACCGCCACCACCUACACCACCUACACCACCAUGUCCUGCCGUUGUCCGCCUGUCGCCAGCCUGUCUCUGUGACGUCACACCUUGAAGACAUGGCGGCGGCUUUGCCACCAUUGGACUCGGCGAGAGAAAGACUCGGCAGGACUGUAUCUGUACAUAGCUCUGACGUCAGACACUGCCAUGAGAACUGUUCACUGGGGGAGGAACCACUUUGGGGGGAAGGGGAUGGUUAAAUGUAGCACCCAAGAGGUGCAGUCAAGGAUUUGUGAUUUGUGAACUGUGAAUGGCGUGGGUCAGCUGACAUCCCAGACGACGGUGACAGUCUGAUCACAGCACCAGCCCUGGUUGUGGACAAUGUGUACAGAGGAAUGAUGGUAACCAUGGUGAACAAUCACACAGACAAAGUAUUCACUAAGGACGUUUCUAAUUGGCGAUGUCAAGUUUUGUCUACUUAAAAGAAAAAAAAGGAAUGCACGUAUGUACAUAUCCGAUGUCUUUGGGUCUGUGAGGUUAGGACAGUCCGUGGAGUCCAUCAGCUGUGAACAAAGACUGAAAGUCUGAAGGCGGGCACUGCUCAAGUCCCCCACACGUUCAAUUUUCCUUGCCUUUGUUCUUGCCAUUAAGAAACAACAAAAACUUCUACAGAAACCUGUUAAAUUUUAUGGGGUGGGCGCACAGUUUAUGACAGAAGACCAGGACAGUAUUGACAAAGCCAGGGAGAGGAGCGCCCCCCUACGGAACCUUGUGCGAUGACGAAGAGCUGAAGUUCAAAGGUCGAGAUGCAAGAGACUGUGUGUUGGCGCCACCUUCGCUCGCGCAAUAUUCUUGUGGAAGGAAUGUGUUGUGAGUCCACCUUGGUCACACAGUGAACUCAGGACAGGCCAGAGUGAAAUAAAGGCUCAAAGUUGAAUGUUCCAGAGUAUUAUAUUUCAUGCUUUAUUUGUUUGGGUUUUUAAAAAGAAGAAACUAAAAGUAUUUGGAAUUCGUGUCUCUGAAACUGAGAACUUGUUUACCGCGCGGAGAAUUAAACUUUGCAUCUUUGAAAAACCUGCUCAGAGUCUGUGUUAUUCUACCUGGCCAGUGAAGAGUACAAAUCCCUGGAAAAGAUUAAAUCCGGGAGAAGGAUGGAGAAUAAUAAAUAAAUAAACAGUGUUGGCUCGUUGUGGAGAAUGUCCUUUAGCUCGGAUUGUGGACCUGAAGGAUGAGAUGAUGAUUGAGCCUCAAGGCUCAGUGUAGGAAUACAACACUGACCAGAUGGGAGGAGAGGACAGGCUGUACAGCCAAUCAGAGAGCACGGUUGUCCUGAAGUCCACAACACUUACCGGAUUUGACUUACUUCAAGUGGAGCUCAGGAGAAACAAAGCUGUUUGAAGAAUGACAGAAUAUUUUAUGAAAGAUAUCUAUUUCACUCCAAUCUUUCUGCUGUGCCAAGUACAAAGUUCAUUCAAGCCAGGUGCAAGAUGUGCCAUGGUAACAGUCCCACUUAUCUCUCUUUUUGUGUAUAUGCAUUCGUGUUUUAUCAUCGUAUAUUCCUGUUUCAAAGACUGGCAAAAUCCUGCAUGUGAUUUUGAACGAAAUCUUGCCACAAGAACUUUUCAUGUAUGACUGGUUUAGUAUAUUAAAAUGUUUGCUGUAUAUGAAUGUCCCACAAUCUUUUUUUCUAUUUAAAGUCUUUUGAAGGGAGUGUCUUCGAUGUGAAGGCGACCUUUGACUUGUUAUGUGUGUUUUUGGCUGUUUACAUGUCAUCAUCGGAACCUUUGUGUACAGUUCUGUUAUCUUAUGACACACGAGUCUAGACUCUCAUGUAAUCAUCAAUUUUCAAACUUUUCAAAGCAAACAAACAAAAGAUAAUUUUUUUAAAUCACCAAAAAACCCAAAGCUCGGAUUAGUAAAGAAAUAGUUCUUUGAUAUUGAAAUUGUGUGUUGAUAAUAAUAUUUACUUAGAAUUUUCAGAAUUUCCUUGGGCGAUUUUUCUAAAAUAUUUUUUUUAUAAUAGAAUGUAAAUAAAAAAUUAAAAAACAAAAUUUAUUCAACCCUUUUUUUUAAAAUUCUGAGUUAAAGCUGGGUUUAUAUUUAAAAUAUCGGACCUGAACGUGAAAUGAAAUAAAUGAACUCUCAAAGUUCAAGGCUGAUCGAGUCAAGCAUGAAAUUAAGGUUGCUAGCUGGUGAUCAAAAUACAUGUAGUUUGUUACGAAAAUUUACAGUGAUUUUUUAUAAUUAAUUUUUUUAAAAUCCUGUUAAUACAUCUCGCGAAACAAGAUUUUAACCCUUGAACUGCAGUGUUCAAAAAUUCGUGUAAAGAAAAAAAGUAUUUUCUCUGAUUUUGGAAAUUAUUACAUUUUAGUGAAUUAAACCCGAUCCUUUGAAAAUAACAUUGCAAUGGAGCUUGAAAUAAGUGAGACCAGACUUUGUAUGUUCACAUCUCGUUGUCGGGGAUUUUUUUUUUCUUUUUUUUUUUUUUUUUUUUUUUUUUUUUUGAAAUAUCGAGUUUUUGAGAGUAAUCCGUAUUUAUCGUUGAAACUUUCAGAACUAUUAGAAAGAAAAAAAAGUAACCUCUCCUCCGUACAUUGCAACUGUCAGACAUACACUGGUCUCAGAAUUGUUGAAAUCGGUGAGUUUCAUUUGUUGUGGCUUUUCCAGUCUCCAUGAUGCAUUUUGAAUCGCUGCCAUUGCUGUCCAUAUCUCACUGCUCCAAAGCUGAUUUCUUGUGGUUGGUAUGGUAGUUGCUGCUGUUGUUUUCUUUCUCUGUUUCAUGUGUGUAAUCUCUGCCUUCAUUCUUCAGUUCCUCUCUUCUCGUCACACCAUCCUCACAGUCUAGUCACAGUUUAUUCAUACUCCUCUUGUCUUGAAAUCACCCUUCCCUCGCCACCAUCAAGACCACCAUCUUGAAUGAAUGGUCACGUGACUUGGCAAUGUGAUUAAUCGCAGGUUGAGUCUGUGUAUUGCUGUCGCACAUUUCACCAAUUUGUACACAAGUGUAGUAUAACAGAAAUCUUCUUUUUUGUAUCUUGUAGCAGAGUAUGAAAUAAACAACACAUCAAAGUUUGGAUUUCGCAGAUAGACACUUCAGUCCACAAUACAAACAAGGAGAUGUAUUUUAAAAUUAUUCACAUCUAUAGAAUUGUUUCUACCCGUUUACUAAAGUAAUUUCUUUGUAAAGGAACGUUCUGGUGGAAGAUUGAUGUUACUCGAAGUUGUUACAGGUGAAGUCAGUAAUAUCACUGUCUCCUUACUGUCCUCUAGACACUAGAGACCUCAGGUUGAGAAUAUUUUUGAAAAAUUAACUUGACAAAGUCAGAUCUUAUAACGUUAGAAAAUGUGUGAAACGUCACAUCACAUCUCUUCACCAAUUCACAUCACAUGAUACCAGCUGUUCAAAUUUCCGCCACUCACUUUCUCGUCCUCACAGUCAAUCUUUCAGGUUUCAGGUCUUCUUGCAGAUGCACCUUGUCACGUGGUCUGACCUGCCGACCUUCUUACUGAACUCUCUCUUGUCUCGUCCCUCUUCACCUUGUGUACACAAUGAUGGUGACACACAUUCUAGUCCCAUUAUAUGAAUGCAAAAAAUACUCGAAUUUUUGUGAAAAGGUUUAUAUACACAAUGUUUAUUGGGUUCACAUCAGAGUUGGAGCGCCAUUAAACUGAUUUAAUUUGAA